AUGACGGAUGCCAAAGACGGCGUUUCUCUGUUCGAUCACGCGUCAGGCACUGCCGCUGCCCCUACUGCCACUGAUCCUGUUCUUGACCGCUCACAGUGGCAGACUCGCGAUGCUGCUGCGCGCCUCGCUAUCCGUAACCACCUGCCGAUCACUGAGCGCACGCAUUUUAGUCAGCACAAGACUGCUAAGGCGCUAUAUGACGCUGUAGUUGCGCGCUAUUCCUCCCCAGCCACUGCAGCCGUAGGACGCCUCAUCCUGCCCUACCUGUUCCCCGACCUGUCCUCGUUUUCCACCGCUGAGGACCUCAUCUCUCACCUCCGCGCUAGUGACGCCCGCUUUCGUGCCGCUCUUACCGACGAGUUGCUAGCCACGAACACCCCACCGCUGUACUUUACCCUCUACAUCCUCGUCACUCGCCUCCCUGACACUCUUAGCUCGGUAAGGGACCAUUUCCUCGCCAAGGACCCUACCACUAUCACGCUAGCCGACUUCGAGCAGCAGCUCCUAGCAGCAGAGAAGAACAUCCUCGCUGUAGGUGCUGCCCGUGGCACUCCACGCACUCCCCUCUUUGAGGGGUGCUCCCCCUCCCCUCUUGCCCCCUCCUACGCCUCAGCUGCUGCUGCAGUCGACCUCCUCGGUGCUGAGAAGGUUGCAGCGACUUCCGCUCCUAGUGGGAAGCGCGGCGGUGGCAGGGGCGGCAAGGGUGGCAGGGGUGGUGGCGGUGGCGGUGGCGGGAGCGGUGGUGGAGGCGGCGGGGGUGGUGGCGGUGGCGGUGGUGGGGGUGGUCGUGGGGGUGGAGGAGGUGGGUGGGGCGGUGGUGGAACCGGGAGUGGUGGAGGUGGCAGCGGAGGUAGUGGGGGAGGAGGCAGUGGUGGUGGCAGUGGAGGUGGGGGCGGGAGUGGGACCAGCCAUAAGGGGAGUUCCAGUGGUGGCCAGCAGCAGCAGCAGCAGCAGCAGCAGCAGCAGCAGCGCCAGACCCCCUCUUCUCAGCAGCUCCAUGACUG